AAGAAUGUAGGACCAUGGAGGUAUCCCCCGGCACAACACUAGAUAUAUUUAUCUGUUUUUUCCUCAGUUGAAGGUAUGAAAACAAGUUUGAAACAUCACAACUUCGCAGCAUGGAGCUAUAAUGCAGUUUACACGUGAAGAAACAACUCGUCGGAGCAGCGGAGUUUUCUUUGGUCAAACUGGAAUUACACUCGCUCCGUAAACAGGCAAGAGAAACCUUCCCUUUGUUUUAACAUUGUGCGACACCUUUACAGUGUUUUGUUUCUCUCUGCAGCUAACUUCUGAACUCAAAUUCUGCCCAGUCUCUUGAAAAAGCUUACUUAUCAGUCAUAUGGUCAUUAUUUAUUGUGUCACCUUUAAAUAUGUGGAAUACUGCGGGACGUGUUGUACGAGUUACCACCGCCACCUGUUGCACGACGUCACUGCUUUAACCAAAACAGAGUUCAGAAGACUGAGACCGGCAGAGAAGCCUCUACAGACAACAUGUCCACCACCAUCAUCAGUCCAUCCUGCAGGCAGGAGAGAAGAGGCAGUUUCUUCAAGCUUAUUGACUCAUUUGCCGUGGAAAUUGGCACGUUGAAGAAGGAAAUGGGGAAGAAGACUGAGCCUGCGGAAGGAGACCCGCAGACAGAUACACUGCUUGGACUGGGCGAAGAGGUGCAAGGUCUCUUCCUACAGACUUCCCCCUGCACUGGGAUCAGAUCUGGGCUGGCUGGAGCCAGAGAUUCGGGCUACGAUUCCCUCCGUCGGCGUCUCACUGUUCUGGACAGACUGGUUCACACACACGCUGUGUGGCUGCAGCUGGGCCUCAGCCACCGGGAGGCCACAGACAUCCUGCAGAGCCAACCCGCUGGGUCAUUCGUGGUGAGGAAGUCCACCAGCCUGCAGAGAAAAGUAAUAUCCCUACGUAUGAACAAAGACUCUGCGGUCACCGUCAAAGACUUCCCUGUGAAGGAGAGCCAGUACACGUUCUCCCUGAUGGGGUCAGGCCUGAGCUUUGCAGACCUUUUCCGUCUGGUGGCGUUCUGCUGCAUCAGCAGGGACGUGUUGCCGUUCACUCUCCAGCUCCCAGAAGUCAUCGCUUCAGCCAAAACAUCUGCUGACCUCGAGGAGGUUGCUAAACUUGGAGCAGGCUUCUGGGAUUCUCAGUUGUGCCACAGGAGUAAGGACUCAGUCUUUUUGUCAGGAAUAGCUGCUCCCUCUUCCCAGACACCAGUCUCCUUGGUGACCAUCCCAGGGCGCCCUCGACUUCGAACUCGCACCCCUUCAGAGCUUGAUUGUUGCCAGUCCAACGGAGCACUUUGCUUUAUCAACCCCCUCUUCAUCAAAGUUCACCAACCAGAUGGUGACGACAGCACCACUUCACGUCCCUCUGGUACAGCAAAGGAAAACCAGAGGGAGGAACCCGUGAGCGACAGCCUAGAAACCAACAACAAGGACCCUCAACAUCAUCCUCAGGUCUCAGAUCAGGCAGGUCAAAGCAACCCUCAGAGUCUUGAUAGGAACCCAAAGCUAAAGGACCAUAACAGCCCAACCAGCAGCAGCAUUCAGAAACUAAGUAAGCCACGGUCCCCACCUCCACGUCCACCCCCACCUCAAAUUGUGUCGCAAAUAUCAGCCCCUCCAAUCCGACAACGCAGUAUGCCAGAAAAGAUCGCCUGGAUCAACUUCCCGAAGGGGAAGGGGGAAGAGAGGGGCAGCAGCCUCCUUUCCCGUCUGGGCUCUUCCCUCAGCAUCAGCCCCUCGUCCUCCCCUCCCAAGAGACUCAGCAUCAGCUCCCCCAUUUCCAUCCCCCGGCCCUCCCUGCCCAUGACUCUGCAGUCUCUUUCCUGCUCACCACGUCAGGCUAAGGCCUCACCGUCGUCUAGCCAUGAGGAGGCCCAAUGCCACUUGGCACUGGAGGACCAGACCAUUGAGAAGGCCGUCAUCAGGGCCAGACUCUCUCAGCGUAAUGCUAACAGAAACCCCCCCCUGGACUCCAGCAGUCCUCCAGACCCUUCAACAACAAGCAAACAGGAAGAUGUGCCAGGAGCAGAAGAAGAAGCAGGCGAGGAAUGCAGUGGGAGCGGCCAACGUCUGAGCGACAUGAGCCUUUCCACCGAUUCCUCAGACUCUCUGGACUUCUCUCAGUCUUCAGUCUUUUUCCUUCCUCCUCUGCAUGAUCCCAGUCCCCCCACCAUGGCUGACUUUGACACCCACCUCCCCCUCUCCCUCCCACCAUCUCACCUGCCUUACUCCAGCAUGGAGGAGGAUGACGAUGAUGACGAAGACGAGGAUGAAGAGGAGCAUGACUAUGGUGUCAGUCUUGAGAGCGACCAGGACCAAGACCAGGACUUGACCAUGGUGCCACCAGGCCACCGCACGAGGCGCCGCCCCAGUGCCAGCGCUUUGGUCCUGCAGAGGGCCCUUCGAGGGCAUCUUCGCAAGAUGAGUGGAGUGUUCAACUCUCUGCUGACGCCCGAGAAGAGGGCCAUCCGCAGGGUGGUGGAACUAUCAAGGGAUAAGAGCUCGUACUUCGGCUGCCUGGUGCAGGACUACCUCAGCUACAUGAGCGAGGGUGCAGGCACCCAGGCUUGGCAGGGCUACGCCUCCGGACUGGAGCUGCUGCAGACUCUUCGUCAGUUCAUCACUCAGAUGAAGAGCUACCUGAGACAGAGCUCCGAGUUGGACCCACCAAUCGAGAGCCUCAUUCCCGAAGACCAGAUUGCAGUGACUUCAUCGGAAAACUUGUCCUCGUGUGUUUGCGCCUGGAUGUGUUCCAGUGUUUUUAUGCAUGCAAUAGCUUUUUCUUUUUAAAUAUCCAUCCUUUAUUGCAUCUAACAAUACCAUGACAACAACAUGAAAGGGGGACCAGACACAACCGCAUAGAAACAUACCAGCACACACACACACCUGCCGGAAGAGCGGUCUGAAUCAUUGAGGCCAAGACUCAGAGGCUGGCCGGAGCAGCAUGUAAACAGAGAGCACAAAGAGGGUUUUAUCUCAGGACCACUGGGGGUGUUCAACAACCCGUUUCUGCUGGCCCUGCUCACAUAGUUUAGCACAAGGCUAUAAUUAUGUUAUUGUUAAACAUUAACUGGGCGUUUUUGUUGCUUUGGGAGAUGAUUCUGUAAUUUGCAAUGCAUUUAUAAACAGUUAACUAUGAACAUAUUUCCAGUAUACUGUAGUAUGCAACAGUAUAGCGAUGUCUGUUUUGCAAGGCAAGAACAUUGCCUUACGGUCUAUAAAUACUUUAUUCUGCACCACCAUUUCUGGCUGCUAACAGCUCAUGUUAACACUGUAGACUUCAGUCACGUUUAGAGAAUUGUGGUCUUCAAUUGGAUUGACACUUACAAAUAAUAACACACAACUUGAAAAUGAUAAAGAGAGAUUUCAACUUUUAUUUUUGAAUUACCAAUAUUAAUAUAAAGGUUCUAAAGGAAAAGGGGAAAUAUAUUCAUGUUUGUAUGUCGCGUGCCGUGGGUUGCCUGUUUUCCAAAAGGCCUCUCAGGAAUGACUCAAUUAGAACUGCUGCGGUUUCAGUUCUUGGAAUAAUUGCGCAACAUUUUGUUGUGGCAGCUUCAGGGAGUGUUUUCUAAUGAACUCAAAGACUAGCCGAUCCAGAUGUGUUUGGGUGACGUUUUGCAAAUCUUUACAACCUCUGUCUUACCUCAACUAAACAUCCUUUAAAUGUACUCUCCAAUUAAAGUGAUAUCAUUUGAGGCAAGACCUCUUUACUUUGUAGUCCUUGGACACUCUUUCUGUGUUUAUUUUCCCCUUUCCCUCUUUCUCCUCAUCCAUUCUCCCUCUCGCUAUAACAGUUAAUGCUUUCAUUGAUAUGGGUAUUUUCACACUCACUAUCAUCUCUUAUAAUACUUCCUUGUAUACCAGUAAAAGCAUCCAUCAUUAGCACAUUUAUCCGUAGGAUACACACAAAGAGAAAAACAAAUAUGCAGAAUGUAAUAGAGUAAUUCACAGUUUAUUCAUGAUGUUGUUUUCCAUGUUUAGUGCUCACUCAGCAGCCCAACCAUGUAUGUGCUUAGGUUCAGGAUGUUUAGGGGGGGGGGGCAAGAAUAGAGUACCUUGUUUUCCAUUCAUCCAGCACUGCUAGACUCUCCACGGCUAGAUAGCCCGAGACGGCUCCAUGUCAGGAAGCUCUGUUUGUGG